AUGUCGGUACUCAACAUCCAAAAAAGUAGUGCAAUUGCGCUGGGUUUGGUAUCCCACUGGGGCUUCUUUGUGCACGGCGAGCUUGACCUAGGAGCAGCCAAUAUCGCUCGCUUUCACCUCUUGGGAACAAGCCUACUCAUUUUCGCAAAAGUCAGGCUAGAGAGCGUCCCGAUCCAAGAUGCCCUUAGGGGGACUGUCACUCUGCUUUCAUUAUACGCCGGAACGCUGUUCUUCAGCAUCCUCGUUUUCCGAUUAUUCUGGUCUCCGUUGAAUCAUAUCCAAGGCCCUCUGUCGCUGCGCCUGACCAAGUUGACACACGUCUGGAAGCAGGCUCGCUUCAGGAACUGCGAAGUUCUUCAUGAACUUCACAAGCAGUAUGGAGAUAUUGUGCGCACCGGUCCGAAUGAGGUCACAUUGUUCGGCACGGAAGCAUAUUACAAAGUCCAUGGGAAGGAUUCUGAAUGCGGUAGAGCCGCGUAUUAUGAUCUGCUACACCCUAUGGUAUCCUUGGACACCACGCGUGAUCCGGCUGUCCAUGCUUACAGACGCAAGAUAUGGGAUCAAGCAUUCAGCAUGAGGGCACUGGAAAGACUAGAGCCUUUGGUCUACGAAAAAGCUGAUUUGCUGGUCCAACAGCUACGGAAUCAGAACCAGAGUCCCGUGAACAUCUCCGCGUGGCUUGAAUAUUACACCUUCGAUCUAAUGGGCGAGUUUGGACUGACAAUCAAAUUCAAGAACCUCGAGCGAGCUGGACCACACCCAAUCCUCACCAUCUAUCAUAUGGCUCACCGCAGACUGGGACCCUUUGCCGCUGCACCAUGGAUCAAGCAUCUUAUGAUGUUCAUGGACUGGGCGGCUACGGAGCUGCAGCGAAACAUCAAAGAGGUAAGCGAGGAUCGGACGGAUAUUAUCGGCUAUGUCCUCGAAGACGCCAAAGCAACUGGCGGAGUAGCAGCAAAUUGGAACUUUGUACUAGGAGACUUCGUCCUCGUCCUAGUAGCAGGCAGCGACCCUAUGCGUCAGGUCCUCUCCAACAUGUUAUAUUACUUGUUGCGCAACCCGCAACACCUGCAGCAGAUCCGUGACGAGCUCUCCUCUAUCCACAUCCGAGACUACAAAGCUCUACAGCAGCUACCGCAUCUGACUGCGUGUAUUUACGAAACAUUACGGCUCAAUCCUGCAGUGCCCUCGUCCGGACUGCGCCAGAGCCCCCCGGAAGGGCUAGUGGUUGCGGACAAGUUCAUUCCCGGGGGAACAACGAUUGCGGUGCCGCAAUUACAGCCUAUCCAGAGCCCCAACGAGUGGAUCCCAGAGAGGUUCUCUACUCGGUCUCACUUAAUUCUCGAUAAACAGGCAUUUGUGCCGUGGAGUACUGGCAAGUACGCGUGUCUGGGGAAGAACCUGAGUUUGAUAGAAAUCCGUGUGGCUGCUGCUUUGAUCCUCACCGAGUUUGAUUUCGAAUUUGCCCCGGGUGAAGAUGGACAACGUAUGUUUAGUGAGGCGAUUGACUAUUUUACUACUAGUCCAGGGCCACUUCAUCUGGUUUUCAAAGAUCGGGUGGUGAAAUAG